AGAGAAGAGAACCCCGCCUCUAAACCAGUGAUAGCUUUCACGGGCGUCAGCCUGACAUGGAGGAAAACCUGACGGUGAAGAGCCAAAGCAGCUAGAGCCAAAACCAAAGCUUUGCCCUGUCCUUGUUUGGAGAAACGCCACAGCGCAUCUACUUAGGAGAAAAAUGGGGUCCACUGAUGUUGCAACGUUUUCCAACACACUAGCAAGCGCAAAGUUGUUUGGUCAGCAACUUCAUGUAUCACAACAGGCCGCCACAGACAAGCUGCGGCCGCACCGAGUUGUAAGGAGUGCAUGCAUCGCUAGAAGGACACAAUGUAGUUUGUGCAAAAGGGUUAUGCAAGCCGGUUCAGGCAGAGGCUUUGGCGGUGGCACCGGGUCUAGGAAACAUGCAAGAAGAAACACUGGAGAGCAUGGGGGCUGGCAAAAGGUGUUGGAGCCCUCAAGAAGGAGUUCUGCCCCUCGAAGCACUCUGCAAGACGCUGAACGAGAGACGGAUGUUGGGCGUGAGUCUGAAGACGUUGAGAAGAUUAAGAAGGGGCUGAUUGGCAGGUCGCAAGCACUGAAACUGGUGGACAAAUAUCUUGAGGGCGAUGACGAACGGAGUGCGGUAGCUGUCGCGAGAGCUCUAGUGGGCAUCGAGGGGGGUCUGCGUGCAUUUGGCACGGCCCAACAGGUUCCGCAACGCCAGUACACGCUACAGGACCUGCGGUUGAAUAAGAUUGAGCCCGUGCGGUUUCUGUCACCCACAGACAGCACGCUGAAUAAAGUCCGGACGUCUGCACAGGUUGCGCUUCUUUCUGGGAUUGGUUCGCUGUACUACUUUGGGCACUGGGACAUGACGCAGUUGUUGGGGCUGGUGGUCGGCCUGCUGUUCGUUGGAUCCGUUGAUCAGAUUGUGAAUGGUGGCGGCGGAGAGGGGCUGAUUCUUGACACCGCCGGCAACCUGCUGAGCUCCCGGUACAGGGACCGCGUGAGCCAGCACGAGGCGGGACAUUUUUUGGUGUCAUACCUUCUGGGCGUGCUUCCCCGCGCCUACACUCUGUCUAGUCUGAAUGCGUUGACGAAAUAUGGGGCGCUGAACCUGCAAGCGGGGACUCGUUUCGUGGACUACGACUUUCAAGAGGAGGUCAAGACUGGGAAGCUGCAAAGCAAGACGGUAGAUUCUUUCACAUGCAUUGCGCUGGCGGGUGUUGCGACGGAGUACUUGAGGUUCGACCUUGCCGAAGGGGGCCUUAACGAUAUUAACCAGCUCGAUUCUUUGCUUCGAUCGCUAGGCUUUAGCCAGAAGAAGGCGGACUCGCAGAUCCGUUGGGCGGUGCUGAACACUGUCACGCUGUUGCGGCGCCACGAAAAGGCGCACAGGGCGCUAGUCGGCGCCAUGAUUGCUGGGAAGUCAGUGGGGGAGUGCAUCGGAGUGAUUGAAGGCGAGUUGAAGAAUGUUACUGAUAUCUGAUUAUGGUCGGAGGAGUUUGCGGAAGCUUGUUUUCUUGUCCUUGAUUGAUGCGUUGACUGUAUGAAAUGUAUUUUAGGUUCGACAAGGAUCACUUGAUGUAUCAUGUUCGUGUGAUUGGGAAACGAGUUAAAACUUGCUCACCAAGUAGGGAACUCAACCGGUAUCUGACUGCAAGCUUGAUUCACCGUCCAACUAGUGAGAAAAACUAGUUGUGCACAAUCGUGCCCAG